CGCGCGCGUAUGGACAAUAUAAAAUAAACAUAUUAUAUUUGUCGUGUAUUAUCGUUUGCAUUAGUUGGAAAUGUACUGUAUUACAAAUAAGUUCAAAUGAUCAAUUUGUUAAAACAGUUACCAAAUUCAACAUUCUAUAAUUGAUUCCAACAUUAAAUAGAUGGUCUUUAUAUUGUUUUUUUUAAUGCAUAUACCCUUCAACGGUUUUAUUUAAUAUAUUUUUUAACAAUUUUUAAAUCAUGGAAAAUUGGAAAACUGUGUCUUUGUUUGUUUGUGUAUUUGCUAUGGUUAGAGAAAUACGCCCAAUUGAGCCAUUUUUUACGUCAUACCUCAAAAGUAUGAAUUUCACAUCAGACCAGAUUAACGAAGAAAUAUACGCAGUGGGGACUUACUCGUGUCUAGUAUUAGCUGUUGUAAUAUUCUUGGUUACAGAUUAUUUCCGUUACAAACCGUUGAUAAUUGCUGACGGGAUUGCUGGAAUUUUUACAUAUGCAUUACUACUAGGAACACCGAGUUUAUUCAGAGUUCAAAUGGAACAAAUGUUCUUUGGAUUUUUUUAUUCAUCAGAAGUUGCGUUCACUACGUAUUUGUAUGCCAAGGUCGACGACAGACAAUAUUAUCAAAAAAUCACCAGUCUGGUGAAAGCAUCUAUGUUAUUCGGCAGAUUCCUAUCUGGAUUAAUUGCGCAAGCUGUUGUUUCAACACACUUAUUGAGCGAAGUUUAUCUACUAUACAUCAGUAUAUUUAGUACUUCAUUUGUAACAUUAUGGUCGUUAGUCCUGCCUAAUGUAGAACACAGUUUAUACUUUCAUAGAAAUAAGGAAUUAUCAGUAAACAAUAAACGACAUCAAUCUAAUGAGGUUACCAUUGAUGAUAAUGUGUCUAAUGAUGGUCCUAUAACUUCAAAAGUUUCUAAAAUUAAAGAAGUCAAGAAGAUGAUUUCUGAUGACUUUCAAUCGGCAUAUAAAAAUACUUAUGUAGUGAAAAAAUGUUUUUGGUGGAUAAUUGCUGUUGUUGGUCACAUCAUAGUAGCAACGUAUAUUCAAGUUUUAUGGGAAGACGUGAACAAUAAUAAAAAAGAACUAAUGAAUGGCGCCGUUGAAUCUAUACACACUCUUUGUGGUGCCGCGGGUGCAUAUGCAGUUGGUCACUUGAACUAUGAUUGGAAAAAAUUUGGUGAUGUUAUAUUUACAGUUGGAACCUUUGUUUUGGCUUUAUUACUAUUCAUAAUAUAUUGUUGCAAUUCAUUAUGGAUAUUAUACCUAUUAUACAUUAUGUUUGGUACUUGUUACCAAAUAUUGUUAACUAUCACUACCUCUGAGGUUGCAAAGCACAUAAAACCCGACAGUUAUGGACUAAUAUUUGGUUUUAAUUUGUUCAUGUCAUUAUUGAUAAUAUCAAUAUUUACAUUACUAUUUAUCCAAGGCCUUGUUUUUGUUAUAGGGACAAAAAAUCAGAUAUUAACUGUUUCUCUGAUGUUUACUUUGAUGUCUGCAUUACUAUUUGUCACGGCUGUUAGAAAAUGGAAAAAAUAAAUUCAUGAAUACUGUGAACCAUUGAAGAAUGCUUUAACCAAAGACAAGGUUUAUAUAUUUAUAAAGAAUAAGAAUGAUGCUUGUAUGAACUAAAGACAGUGAUUCCUACAUAACUAAUUUGCUCACAUAACACAAUUGCAUGAAAUGGCCAUAAUACAUGAUAAUUAUACCAUUUUAAAAAUGAUUUUGUUGAGAAUUAUGUAUUUUUUUGUUGAAUAAAAGAAUCGUCUUUUGAA